GUUUUCAAAAACAAAUGGUAGAUUCAUUAGCUCACUAGCGCUUUUUUGUUUUUAUUAAAAUCCUAACUUCGUUUCUCGCAAUAAAAAAUAAAUUGUAAUGAAGGAAACAUUUGUGACAGGUUACGUGUACUUUUUUUCCCCACAAGAUAUACAAACGAACAUUAGUAGUAGUUUGCCGUCAUAGUUAGCUUAACCGCAGCAGCGUUUACACCAGGCUCCAGUGAAGAGUCCAAAGUAGUCAAUCGUGACUUGGGUCAUAAUGGCUGACCCUGCACGAAUCAAAACUGAGGCCACACUUGAGACACCAGCUGCUGGUCCAGAUGAGCUGCCUAAAACUAAGGCGACCGAUGACUGUACAGUUCCUGCUCAGGAAAAGUCUAAAGAUGAACCAAAAGAGUUGCCAAAGCAAGAACUCAAACAGGAAGAUGCAUCUGAACCAGCAACAGCAGAAGAUGAGGAAGAAGGGACUUCAGGUCAGCCUGCUUCAAAAAGACUGAAGGUGGAACCAGAAAAGAAAAAGGAAAAGAAGCAAAAGGUUGACGAGGACGAAAUACAAAAGAUGCAGGUUUUGGUCUCGUCCUUCUCUGAAGAUCAGCUUAAUCGUUAUGAAAUGUACAGACGUUCUGCCUUCCCUAAGGCUGCUAUCAAGAGGCUGAUCCAGUCUAUUACGGGAUCCUCAGUGUCCCAGAACGUAGUGAUCGCCAUGUCUGGUAUCGCCAAAGUUUUUGCUGGGGAAAUAGUCGAGGAAGCAUUAGAUGUUUGUGAAAAGUGGGGUGACACGCCACCCCUUCAGCCCAAACACAUGAGGGAGGCAGUGAGGAGGCUUAAGAGCCGCCAUCAGAUUCCCAACACCAAGUACAAAAACAUUUUGUUUCGCUGAGGAUUGAGGACAACUUCAUAUUUUAAUAACGCCAUCAUUGGAAAGAAAAUGGCCCCAUUGCUCCAAGGAAGAUACUGUAUCUUGGUCACUGUUCAUACUGCUGAAGAAACUGAUCACAACAUGAUCAAGGACUUUAAAACUGAAGCAGCACCCAUCUUCUUGCCAAUCUGACAGUGUUGAUGUUUGAUGCAACAUUCAUAUAAAGUUGUACUGUUGUAAAUACAGUUUAUUGUACACUAAAAAUAGUAUUACUGUGUGUCCUUUUUACUGAAUGUGUAAAAAUUAGUUAAAAUAGCCAUCAUAAAAUUAGUAUUAAUUGCUGUGAUGUUGGUAGGUCUAAAUUAGGAGUCAGCAAUAAUCAAAGAGCCAUUUAAUACCAAGAGACACAAAAGCCCUCUGACACAUACUGAACUGCAACAAAAAGUUCAAAGUUGAAUUCUAUAAUUUGCCUGUUGGGGGGCCAAAUAUUUUAGGUGUCGCAUAUUUUGCGGGACUUCAUUUCCUUUUUUGUAGUAGAACAGCACCAUUUUCUUCAAAUUUAGAAUUAAGUUUGAAAAUUUUGCAAUUUAAAUUCAUAUCAAAUACUCGCGAACUCAUUGGUUGCCACUGAUGGCCAGUGGUGGAUGAAGUACUCACUUUUUUACUUAAGUACAGAUACAGGGGCCAAAAUAUACUUAAUAGUACAAGUAUCUAAGAAAAAAAUAAAAGUAUUUCCUCCCGUUGCAAGCGUGAUGUUUCAAAUAUAAAUAUAUAACCUUGCAGAAUGGAAAAAUUGACUGCACUGUAAACAAGCUUAACAAGCUAAAAAAAUAAAAAUCCAAAACUUAAAGGAUUGCAAGCAACUAUUUGUACUAAAGUACAGUAACAAAGUUCUUUGUUACAUUCCGCCACUGCUGAUGGCGCUAGACGUCUUUCCAGUUUUUGGGGCAUUUACAGGUCACUUCCUGUUCAGUAACCCAAAAUCAACAUGAAGUGACUCGUAAAUGCCACAAAAUUGACAGGAAGUGACUGAAAAUCAACAGGAAAUGACUUGAAAUAUCCAAAAAUUAACUCUUUGGCUGUGAUUUAUGGCCAUGGACGUUCAAUCUGUUUGAAGUGGGAGGGAUGGCAGCAAAUCUGUUCAUUCGCUGCCAUCAGGGCUGGAGUGGGACUCAUUUUCGGCCCUGGAAUUUCAUGCCUCAGACCGGCCCACUCAUUUAAAAUAAUGUCAUUAUGCAUACACGUGUUAAGUUCAGUGUUCUCUAAAGCCGUGUACUGUAAUUCUGUGUGUAUAAAAUAUGUAUAAUAUGUAAUAUAAAUGUGUAUGCAUAUGUAAACUAUGCAGGUCAGUUGCAUCUAACAUUUAUCUAUCACUUUCAAAUGUGUAGUUUGAUUGCAAUCUAACUUUUGAUAAAUAAAUGAGCCACUAUUAUCAUUUGGGCAUAAAAUGUGACCAUAUUAGAAUUGAAGCUUGCUUGUUCACACUAUUACAACGCCUCACCUGUUUUUUCAACACUGACAGCAUCAAUGGCAGCAAUCCCAUCCUCACCACUUCCCCCUAUGUCUGCCACUGACAUUAAAUCACAUAUUAAAGAAAUAGUAAAUUUUGAACAUAACAACAAUGCAUUCUGAUCAAUUCAAGCCAGCUUUAUGGCACUUUAAAAAUGCCAUGUAAUUGAUAUUAAUUCUAAUUUUCACUCACUGAACAACAUGGCAAUCCUACCUUCCAGCUCUGCACCUGUGGUGUGUUCAUUAUGGCUAAUGCUUGCUGC